AACAUCGAUAAAUGUGCCGCGACCGGUGAGAACUGUUUCAGUCUGUCUCCGGUAGCGUCGGUGAUUGUAGCGGACGUCAUAAAUCUAACAAGUGGACUACAUUUUCGCCUCUAAAGUUAUUGCCUAGGUAACCAAAAAUGAGCACCUCAAAUUGGGGCAAGUUCGUCUUGCUCCUGUGGAAAAACUGGAUCAUCACCAAACGGCACUACCUACAGACGUUCUUCGAAAUAGCCAUCCCUGUGCUGGCCUGCAUCCUGCUGAUCGUGAUCCGCGGACUAGUCGAUGCGGAAGAGUUCGAGCAACCAACCAUCUUCAAUCCGCUCGAGCUGAACACCAUCUCACAUCUUAGAAAUAAUUCCCAAAUAGAUCCCCCCAUCAUCUACUCGAUCGCAUACUCACCUCAAAGUCCAUUGCUGCAGAGCAUCGUAGAACGAUCCACCGCCUACCUGGAUGAAGAGUUGGCAGUGAUAGCGUUCAACAGUUCCCAAACACUCCAGGCUCAUCUGCAGGUGAACAAUAUCCUCGUUGGAAUCGAAUUUCCCGACAUCUAUGCAAACUUGACGCAACUACCGGAGCAGACCGUGCUGUCAUUGCGAUACCCGAGUGAGAUGCGUACGUUCCGCGAGACGGGCACCGAGUUUUGGAACAACUGGCAAACGGAGCGACUGUUUCCUCCGUUUCAAGUGCCCGGUGCGCGACAGUUCGAACGCGACGAUGGUGGCUAUCCGGCGAACUACUACAACGAGACGUUCCUCCAGAUUCAGAGUGCCAUUUCACGGUCGAUUCUGCAACAGCGCGAUCCCAACUAUCAGUUCCCGGAUGUGUAUCUGAGUCGCUAUCCAUAUCCUCCCUUCUACAGUGACAACCUGCUAGUGGGAUUAGAAAAUUUGCUCCCACUGAUCAUUGUGAUCGCUUUCUUCUACACCUGCAUCAACACGGUCAAGUACAUUACGGUGGAGAAGGAGCGACAGCUAAAGGAGGCGAUGAAGAUCAUGGGCCUUUCCAGCUGGCUGCACUGGUCGGCCUGGUUCGUUAAGUGCAUCAGCCUACUGCUCAUCUCGAUCUCGAUCAUUACCGUACUACUCUGCGUCAGCAUUACCACCAACACCGACCUGGCUAUCUUUACGUUCGCCAACUGGUUCGCGAUCUGGUUCUAUCUGUUUAUCUACAGCCUCGCCACCAUCACGUUCUGCUUCAUGAUGAGCACGUUCUUCUCCAAAGCGAACACGGCGUCCGGCAUAGCCGGGCUGAUGUGGUUCGUUUUUGUGAUGCCGUACAACAUUGCCUUCUCGAACUACGACACGAUGUCACUGUCGGCGAAGCUGGCCCUCUGCCUAUUCCACAACUCCGGCAUGUCGUUCGGGUUUAUGUUGAUUAUGCGCCACGAAGGCACCACGAACGGGUUGCAGUGGUCGAACAUGUUCGAUCCGGUGACGGUCGACGAUGAUCUGAGCGUUGGCGCGACGAUGAUGAUGCUGCUGGCAGAUGCCGUGAUCUAUCUCGUGAUUGCCCUGUACGUGGAGAAGGUGUUCCCGGGUGAGUACGGUGUCGCGGAGCCGUGGUACUUUCCGGUGACGAAAAAGUUCUGGACAAGCCAGGUCACACCGACGGGCGGUGAGGAUGGAGCUGAGCAGCAGCACGACAUAAGCGGAUCAACUACCGUGGAAGCGGAACCCGUGGGCAAGUACGCCGGAAUUCGUAUCAAAGGUUUGCGGAAAGUGUUCAACAAGACGAAGGUUGCCGUCAAGGGACUCCAUUUGAGUAUGUUCGAGGAUCAAAUCACGGUCCUGCUGGGGCACAAUGGAGCCGGCAAGACGACCACCAUGUCCAUGCUGACCGGCGUCUUCUCACCCACGUCCGGGACGGCCCUGAUAAAUGACUGUGACAUUCGCAGCAACAUCGAGGGUGCACGCAAAUCGCUCGGCCUUUGUCCGCAGCAUAAUGUGCUGUUCAACGAGAUGACCGUUUCGGAGCACAUCAAAUUCUUCGCCCGGCUAAAGGGCGUCGAAAGCAAACGCAUACCGCAGGAGAUCGAUCACUACGUGUCGGUGCUGCAGCUAGAGGAUAAACGACAUGCCCAAAGCCACACCCUGUCGGGUGGUAUGAAGCGCAAGCUGGCCGUUGGUGUGGCGUUGUGCGGAGGUUCCAAGGUGGUAUUCUGUGAUGAGCCAACGUCUGGUAUGGAUCCGACAGCUCGGCGAGCGCUGUGGGAUCUACUGAUUCAGGAGAAGAAGGGACGCACCAUUUUACUCUCCACGCACUUCAUGGAUGAGGCAGACAUAUUGGGCGAUCGCAUCGCGAUCAUGGCGGACGGUGAACUGAAAGCGGCAGGGUCGUCGUUUUUCCUGAAGAAACGAUUCGGCGUUGGCUAUCGGUUGAUCUGCGUUAAGGAGGAUGGUUGUGAUUCGACGCGUGUAACAGACCUGAUGCGAAAGCACAUCCCCAACCUAGACGUUGACACCGACAUCGGUACGGAGUUGUCGUACGUGCUGGAUGAUGAGUACACCGCGCUGUUCCAACCAUUACUACAGGAUCUUGAGACACACUCCACAUCUCUCGGCAUUAGCAGCUACGGCAUCUCGUUAACGACGCUCGAGGAAGUGUUUCUGCGUGUUGGUAGUGACUCACAUGCACUAGACAAGAAGCCCAACGGAACGGACCAGCCAGCCCAGCCGUACGCCCUUACGGAAACUUCGAAUGGGUCCACCGUUACGCUCACGCUCGAUGAUCAAGAUCAUAAGCUACUGACUGGAUUCCCGCUACUUUCGAACCAACUCCAGGCAAUGCUGCUCAAGAAGGCAAUCGCUACAAAGCGCAGCUGGAUAGCACUACUCGUGCAGAUCUUUAUACCGAUCUUUUUCGUAAUCAUGACAGUGGUAAUCGUGCGCUCGUUCCCCGACGCUCUCUCGCUUCCAGCCCUUCCGAUCGCGUUUGACAGCUACUCCAGUACCGUCACUGUGCUGGAAGGAACAUCAGCUGACACUAGCGUGAUACAGGCCUAUCAGCAGCUGUUCGAAGGGGCAGGCGCCAGUCGUUCGCUCGUAACGGUUACGGAACCAAUGGUGGACUACAUUCUCAAACGAUACGAACAAAACUUGCCCCAAGUUAACAAUGAGUUCAUGGUGGGAGCAUCGAUCACACCGACCAACCACACGGUUUGGUUCAAUGCGCAAGGAUUCCACACGGCCCCGCUGGCGGUGAGCACGUUCUACAAUGCGAUGCUGCGCACGGUUUGCGCCCAGUGUUCGAUACUGAUCACGAACGAUCCGUUGCCAUUCCGGCCAGAGACAAGGUUCACACAACUACAGGCAGGAAAUAACAUGGGAUUCCAGCUGGCGUUCAACACCGGGUUUGCGAUGGCAUUCGUGGCCGCACUCUACAUCAUGUUCUACAUUAAGGAGCGAGUGACCAGGUCGAAACUGCUGCAGUUCGUUAGCGGUGCCAACGUUCUCGGCUUUUGGCUCAUCUCCUUUCUGUGGGAUUUUAUGACCUUCUUCGUAACGAUCAUGUUCUAUGUUGCGGUGCUGGCAGCGUUUCAGGAAGAUGGAUGGUCUACUGGAGAUGAGAUAGGUCGUGUAAUUCUAGUGAUGGUCGUGUUUGGAUUUGCCUUCCUACCGCUCACCUAUCUGCUGUCGUUCGCGUUCGAUAUCCCGGCGAGCGGGUUCGUUAAGGUGAUGAUCCUUAACAUCUUUACCGGUACGAUCUUCUUCAUGACCGUGUUUUUGCUGCUGUUCGAUGGGUUCGAUCUGCGCCACGUGGCCGAGGGUAUGGAAUGGGCCUUCCUUAUAUUCCCACUGUUUGCGCUCAGCCAUUCGCUCAGCAACAUGAACAUUGCCGUCGCCACGCAGCAGGUGUGCGACUCGCAGUGCGCACUAAUACCAAACUGUACGCCGGAGUUGUUGUGCCGCGUCUUUCCCCAAUGCUGCAAUACUGAAAUAUUCACCUUCGAGCGUACCGGCAUCAGUCGCAACCUGAUGUACAUGUUUGUGGUAGGGUUGAUCUCCUUCCUGCUGCUGAUGUGCAUCGAGUACCGUGUCAUCGAUCGGGUCUUUAAGCGCAAGUCCAAGCAGGCCGCUCCACCCAGCGAAUCGGACGAGAUCGAUUCGGACGUGCGGAUGGAGAAGCUGCGUGUUCGAGGACUGACUGAAGGUGAAAUCGCCGCCAACAAUCUGGUCCUGCGGGACGUUACCAAGUACUAUAAGAAGUUCCUCGCUGUCAAUCAACUCUCGCUGGCGGUGGAACACUCCCAGUGCUUCGGACUGCUGGGUGUGAAUGGUGCCGGCAAGACGACCACCUUCAAGAUGAUGACGGGCGAUGAGAACAUUUCGUACGGUGAAGCAUGGGUCAAUGGGGUAAGCUUGAACAGCAACAUGAAUGAGGUGCACCGUCGCAUCGGAUAUUGUCCCCAGUUUGAUGCGCUGAUCGAUGAUCUCACCGGGCGCGAAACGCUCCGAAUCUUUGCCCUGUUGCGCGGAAUACCGAAGUCGGAGAUAGCGGCCCUGUCGAGCCGGUUGGCAGAGGAGCUUAACUUUUCGAAGCACAUCGACAAGCAGACUAAGGCGUACAGUGGAGGCAACAAGCGUAAGCUCAGCACGGCGCUGGCACUGAUGGGCAAUCCGGCCGUGGUGUAUCUGGACGAACCGACGACCGGAAUGGAUCCGGGUGCUCGCCGACAGCUGUGGGACGUUGUGUGCAAGGAACGGGCGGCUGGUAAAGCCAUCGUGCUGACGUCACACAGCAUGGAGGAGUGUGAGGCGCUCUGCACGCGGCUGGCCAUCAUGGUGAAUGGAGAGUUUAAAUGUCUCGGAUCGACGCAACACUUGAAGAAUAAGUUCUCCAAUGGGUACUUCCUCACGAUAAAGCUGAAGCGUACGGAAGUAGUCAAUACGGGACGGAUUGAUGAGGUGAAGCAGUACAUCGUGGAGCGGUUCCCGGAGGCAGAAUUGAAGGAAGAGUAUCUCGAAUCGGUGACGUACCAGAUUCCGUCGGCCAACACACGAUGGUCCACCAUGUUCGGCAUCAUGGAGGACGCCAAGAAGGUGCUCGACAUCGAGGACUACGCUCUUGGACAGACUUCGCUCGAGCAGGUGUUUCUGUACUUCACGAAAUUCCAGCGAGUAGAAGACUAAAAGAAGUCUACGCUAACUGCCGACUAUGAGUCACGUACCUCACGCAUCUGAUAGUGUGGUGGUGCAAAUCGAUGAAGGAUCUUCUUUUCUGACCUCUACUUUACGGGUAGCCUGUAUACAUUUAGUACUAUUUAUUUGUGAUGGAAAGUAUUUUGUAAGAGAAAAGUAUUAAGUAUAUUAAAAGCACUGAAAAACAGAA